AUGUGCAUCAGACCAAAUCGAGUGCAGCAACGUAAAAGUCUUCAGCAGAACAUGUGUGAUCCGGCAGAGCUGAGAAAAGCAGCGAUCUCUCCGGCGGAGUCUCCGGAGAAGUCUGCGCGCCCAAGUCUCUCAAAAUCUUUCCAUGUUUGCUACUUGAAGCCCGACGCCUUCGUUGGUGUAGGACCAUUCGGACGCUACUCAGACUCUGCCGCGAUGAGCUCGUUUCAGGCCGUACUGCAAAACGACUCUGCCUCACGGUCGCCGUUCGGAUGGGUGGCACACCCGACGAUCUUGAACGCGGCUCAGCCAUGGUUGUCUCCUUCGCAGCAGGAGCUCUUCGUGAACGCGCUCCUACCAGGCUGUGCAGGCUUGCUGCUGCUGCUCUAUGAUCUGCUGUCGUCAAUCAGGUUCCACAAGAGUAUCCGGACAGUCUUCCGGAGGCUCGCGUCGCCGUUCAGGGACUUCCUGACCCUCGAGGACCUGGAGGAGGAACCACACCGUGUUGAUGCUCCGGAGGCAUGGAAGGCCAGAGUCCUCGUGCUGGGAUCCGCGCUCGAGAGUGCGGUGUGGAUUUGCGUGCUCGUUUAUGGCGCGGUGGUGGAGGACAAGGGCUUGUCUGUGCAGGCAGCUGUGGCGGCGACGACCUGGCUAUAUAUCGUGCUGAGAGUGCUGUUCAAGCCGCCCGUCACUCCGCCGUACCUCCUGAUCGUGCUCUACCUUGUUCAUGCGACCAUCGCUCUGGUCGACCUGCUUCAGAGGUUCAUCGCCGACGAGCGCAACGCAGCCCUCACCACGCUUGUAUUGUUGCAAUUGGCAUGGCCGACCGCGUUGGCCUGGGUGGCAGGGUCGCUACCCCUCCGAUCAGUCCUCCCAGCACAGAAUGUCGCGAAACAUGCGGAUGUCCCGACAAGCGCAGCGACCAUGCCAGAGGAUAGCGUGACUCUGUGGUCGUGGUCAACCUUUUCGUUCGUCGAGCCGUUAUUCAAGGUCGCCACAGCCCGGACCCUCGAUGAGGCGGAUGUCUGGAGCUUGUCGCCCUAUUUCAAGCACAAGAACUUGUUCAAGAAAUACCUGAGGUAUCAGGAAGAGCAUCCAACCCAUUCCCUGCUGUGGUUCCUGCUUGCCUCCAACUCACUAGACCUGUCGCUGGACCUUCUACUAGAACUAUGGAGCGCUGUCUUUGGCUUCGUCCCUCCCUACGCAUUACAGGAGAUCCUCUCAGCUCUCGCGAACCCGUCCCCCGCGUCGACGCAGCGAGCGUACUUCUGGGCCAUCAUGACCUUCCUAGCGAACCUCUCUUUCGCUCAGGUCGACUUGUACCAGAAUUGGUACACGCGUCGCUGCUAUGAACGGACGCGAGGGCAGUUGUUCUGCGCUCUCCACUACAAAGCUUUGAGAAGACGGGAUGUAGGCGGAAAGACUAGCCAUAACGACAAGGAAGAUGACAAUGCCGAUCUCGGGAGGAUCGUCAACUUGAUGCAAGGUGAUGCGUAUGCGGUGGCGAAUCGUUUCUGGCAGUUCUCGGGAUUCUUCUUGGCCCCUAUACGGUUGACUAUUGCCCUCAUCUUUCUUUACCGGAUCUUGGGAUGGAGCUCGCUAGCUGCGGUCGUCGUGGUCGUAGUCGCUUACGUCCUGAACUAUCCUCUUGCCAAAUACAACGUCUACGUCACGCGUCAAUCCUGGACAGCCCGCGACAGCCGCAUGAACCUCGUAAACGAACUCUUCCAGAACAUCCGAUUUCUGAAAUACUAUGGCUGGGAACAUCGCUGGUCUGCUCGUGUCCGCGAAGCGCGAGAGACCGAGCUCAAAUGGCGCGUCAAAGACAACAUCGUCUCAGUCUUCAUCACCUUCAUCUGGACCUGGAUCCCAUCUGCGACGGCCGUCGCCUCAUUCCUGUGCUACACGCUCAUAGCCGGCGAGAGGCUCACCGUCGCGAAGGCGUUCACCUCCAUCGCGCUGUUCUCGUACAUACAAGAGCCGAUGACGCUGCUGCCGGAACAGUUUUUCGCCUUGCUGCAUGCGUACGUUAGCAUGCAGCGCAUUGAGAAGUUCCUCGCGGAGGCAGAGGUUCCCGAGUGGGCGUCAACCCUGAAGAUGGCUGCGAAUCCCGCGGCGUCUCUUCCGGAUGAGGUUGGUUUCGAGGAUGCGGUGUUUGAGUGGGACGUUGCUCCGCGGGACGUUCAGUCAAGAUUCCGACUGGGACCACUGAACGUCGAGUUUCCUAAAGAUAGGUUGACGUUGGUCAGUGGCGCGACAGGAUCAGGAAAGAGCGCGCUGCUUGCGGCCUUGCUAGGAGAGAUGCACUGCAUUUCCGGAAAGGUGAUCCUUAACAAGGCUGGACAUCAGGUGGCCUACUGCGCUCAAAACCCCUGGCUCGAGCAUGCUACUAUCCGAGACAACAUCAUCUUCGGUGCCGCAUAUGGGUACGACGAAAAACGCUACCGGACUGUCAUCGAAGCAUCUGGCGACAUGACAGAGAUUGGAGAGAAAGGCAUCACUCUUUCGGGUGGCCAACGCGCCAGGAUAGCUCUUGCUCGCGCUUUGUACUCGCAAGCCACUGUAAGUGUGUUAUACAAUGUGUUGGCCGCGGUCGAUAUGCAUACUGCUCAACAUCUGGUAACGCACGCACUGACUGGAAGUCUCGCUCGUAGUCGGACGAUCAUUCUCGUGACUCACCAUAUAAGCCUAUGUCUGCCGAAGGCAUCUUACCUCGUCGAACUCUCCAAUGGAUCCGUCAUUCAUCAAGGUUCAACACAAAUGCUACGGCAUCAAGGCCAGCUUUCACAGAUCGUGGCAGCCGAGGACAUCACUGAGGAACAGGAAUCGUCUGAAUCGUCAUCAGCUACCCUAGAGAACGAAGCCGACCCGGUGGACCAGCCGAAAGCUACGGACGAAGACGCCAGAAAAGCUAGCGGGAAGCUGGUAGAGGCAGAGGCUCGUGCUGAAGGCCGUGUGUCUUCGCGAACCUACUGGACCUAUAUCCGUGCUGCAGGCCUGUUCUGCUGGGCUUUCACGAUGAUCUUCAUGGUGCUUGUUCGUCUGAUCACCAUCGCAAACCAGCUGUUCAUAGCCCGUUGGGGCGAAGCAUAUGAGAAUGCACCAACAAUAUGGGAGAAACUGCCACCGCCAGAUGUGGACGUCAGGCCUUGGCUACUGAUCUUCCUUUGCAUAUCUUUCUCUGGCGCGAUAUCCGUCAUCUCUAUAAUCUCUCUAGGGUACUAUUCAAGUCUGCAGGCCUCCCGGUCACUCUUCCUUGGCAUGCUGCUUAGGUUGACUGGCGCACCUUCGCGCUUCUUCGACGUCACCCCCAUAGGACGGAUUUUAAACCGGUUCACAGCCGACAUCAACACCGUCGACAACACGCUGCAAAGUUCUGCCCGCUCUGCACUCUCUGGAUGCUUCAACUUCUUGGCCUCGCUCGUUGUGAUCCUCUGGAUUGUUCCGACCUUCACCCCCUUCGCCCUGUUCAUCGCGUGGCUUUACAUUCGACUGGCUCCCCGCUUCGUUCAGGCUUCCCGCGAUUUACGACGACUGGAGUCCAUCUCGCUGUCGCCAGCCUUUGCGGGGUUCGACGAGCUGUUGCGCGGACUGCCUCACGUCCGCGCCUUCGGCAUGGAGGAGAGAUAUCAGACACGGUUCUACAGUCGAGUCGAUCGGUUCCAAUGCUUCGACCAUGUCUACUGGUUGGUCUCUGGGUGGCUGCAAUGGCGAUAUGACUGUCAGCUUGGAUCCGUGGUGGUGUUCCUCACGACAGUAUUUGCUCUUAUGGGCUCGGUCUCUUCGGGCUUCGCUGCGCUCGUGAUCGUACAAGCCGGCGUCUUCGCUCAGGCCUCCAGAGUGCUCGUCAGGGUCUUGGCACAACUCGAGCUCGACUUCAACUCUGUGGAACGAAUUGGAGAAUAUCUUGAUGUACCGCAAGAGGCUCCUGCGAUCGUCGCAAGCAGCAGGCCUCCUGCUUACUGGCCUUCAAACAAUGGGCAAUUGGUUGUCGAAAACUUGGUUGUCAAAUAUGCGCCAGAGCUACCGGCCGUGCUACAUAACUUGUCGUUCACAAUUAGACCGCGGGAGAAGAUAGGAGUGGUCAGGUGUGUCUCGUCUGCUUUCUCUCCUUUACCGGGCUCACCCCCUGUAGGCAAAUCAACGUUGGCAUUGUCCUUAUUGCGGAUGGUCGAACCCAGUGAAGGACAGAUCAUAAUCGACGGCAUAGACAUAACCAAGAUUGGGCUCGAUGACUUGCGCACUCGCGUUACCAUCGUCUCCCAGGAUGUUUCUCUCUUCUCCGGCACGCUCAGAAGCAACAUAGAUCCGUUCGAUGAACACACAGACGAAGAAUGUCUUGAUGUGCUCGAGCGGUGCCAUCUGGUGUCCGCCCUCAGCCAUUCGUCUCAAAGGCCGGGCACGGAUGGCCAGGACCAUGAUAUCACCCUCGACUUGCCAAUCAGUCAGACGGGUUCGCUGAGCGCGGGCGAACGUCAGCUCGUAGCAAUGGCCCGUGCCGUACUCCGGCGCAGCAACGUUGUUAUUAUGGACGAGGCAACGUCACAGAUAGACUCGCACCUGGAUGACCAGAUACAACGCACUAUCCGUGAAGUCUUCGCCGAUGCAAUAGUCAUUACCAUUGCACAUCGGUUGAAAACAGUGCUCGAUUACGACCGCAUCAUGGUCCUGGGCGGAGGAGAAAUACAGGAAUUCGACACACCGCGGCUACUCAUUUCAAAACGUGACGGACUCUUCCGGGAGAUGUGUCGAGCAAGUGCCGACUGGCAGGAGCUGCAAGACACAAUAUCAAAAGGUCGUGAUAGGACUCUGGAUUUCCAUUGUGUCGAAUUAGACGGUAUGCCAUAUAGUACUCAUCCUUGCGCUUUGAGCAGUAAGACUGAACCAACGGCGACACGACGGCAAGCGACACAGAGCUCAAUGUCACAAGCUGAUACGCCCAACGCCUGA